AGAGCGGUUCUAAUCCUCUUGACCUAUAGAGACGACCAAACACGAGAGAAAUCCCCACGUAGUUUCCUUCCAUUUUUCUUUGUCUUUCCACCAAAUUUAUUGUUCCUUGUCUUUUUCUCUAGUUUCCUUUCUCCCUUUCUCUCCCAAUUUCCCCUUUGAAAUUGAUAACGCCGCCGUUUAAUGGCCGCCGCCGCCGCGUCUGAUGACGACGACGGCUUCUUCUCUCCGCCGUCAGACAAGCCCUACACUCUCAGCAGCGGAAUUAUACUCCGCGUAGUUAUUGUACUGUUGUUCGUCGUUAUUCUCAUGAUUUGUUUUCAUCUCUACGUUCGAUUGUACCUCUUCUCCCCCAGCCGCCGGCCAUCCCGACCCCGCCGUCGCCCUCGUCCGCAUUUUGUAUUCACGGCUGAGCCACGUACAGCCGCUCCGCCACGUGGUUUGCCGCAGUUGGUUAUCAAAUCCUUGCCCCUAUUCGUUCACUCGGCGAAACCCGACUCGGAUCCGAUUUAUUGCGCGGUUUGUUUAUCUGAGUUCGAAGAGAACGAAACCGGGCGGGUUAUCCCCAAAUGUAAUCACAGCUUUCACGUGGGGUGCAUUGAUAUGUGGUUUUAUUCGCACGUGACCUGCCCGCUUUGUAGAUCCGAGGUAAAAUCGGAACCCGAAUCUUCUACUAACCCGAUCGAGAUAGUUGUGGAAGAACCCGAUCGUGGUAAUCCGGUUGAGGUGGACGACGAGUCGAGGGAAGUGGCCGACGUGUCGGAACACGGACCUCGAGGGCAACGGUGAACAAACUACUUUAUGUGGUGGAACACGUUUGGUAUUGUAAAUAUCUGC